GCGCAUGCGCAACUGUGGGAGUUGACGGAUUUCAAACUAGACGGCGGUUAGUUGAAGCCUAGAGUGAGAAAAAGAAAAGUACAUCAACGGUUGACUGUUGAACAUUUAAGUCAAAGUGCGGACAAAAUGACCAGCACAUUGAAAGGCAUCACUCUCAAAGGAAGCGCGGAGCUCGUAGCCGAGUUCUUCUCAUUUGGCAUCAACAGCAUCUUGUAUCAACGUGGCAUCUAUCCUCCAGAGACAUUUACCAGAGUCACCCACUAUGACAUGAGUCUUCAACUCACCACUGAUCCCAAACUGAAGACCUACUUGACCAACGUAGUAGCUCAGCUCAAAGAAUGGCUGUUCGAGUGCACGGUGCAGAAGCUGGUGUUAGUUAUCACGUGCCUGGAAACCAACGAGGUGCUGGAGAGAUGGCAGUUCGACAUUGAAUGUGACAAGACGGCCAAGGAGAGCAGUGCACCCAGAGAGAAGUCUAUUAAAACCAUUCAGGAUGAGAUCCGCUCUGUCAUCAGACAGAUUACAGCUACGGUAACCUUCCUGCCUCUGCUGGAGACGCCAUGUGCUUUUGACCUCCUGGUCUACACAGACAAAGACCUGGAGGUGCCAGAUAAGUGGGAAGAGUCUGGGCCACAGAUCAUUGAUCAGUCAGAGGAAGUGCGUUUACGUUCCUUCACCACCUCCAUCCACAAGGUGAACAGCAUGGUGGCAUACAAGAGGACAGACUCAGUCUAAACAUCUCCAUAACUCCUUAAGCUGUAUAUAUACAACCACUGCCCCCUAUGUAAACCAGUAGAUUUUACAUGCCUCUUCCCUCCCUUAGUGUCUCUGUCUACGAUCCUGUAUCCUGUCCUUUUCUCUCUGAACUUCACUUUGCUUUUGUGUGUUUUUGAGAGAGUCUCGUCUGUCUCCACUGAUGUAAAUAUUUCCCGGUAUUAGUGAUUGGUUUGUUAGAAAAAGUCUUUUCUGACUGUUUUUUGUGUCUCUCUGUUUUAGAAGCUAGUGCUGUGUGUUGAACUUUUAUAAAUUGUCAAUAAAAAGUAGAUAGAA